AGGAGUUCUAUGGGAUUCUUAAGGAAGUCCCUGGAGAGUUCUCGGGGAUUUUCAAGAGAGUCCUUGGGGACUCCCUCUGGGUCUAUUGAUGCAUCUUCUUAAUUUCAUGUAACUAAUUAGUGAUUAAGUGCCAGGUACUAUCACUGGUACCGCUGGAGCACAUAUCAUCCAUCGAAGGUUGACAUAUUAAUGUUGACUUACUAGAAGAAAAUUUUAUCAUAGAACUACAUUAUUUUUAUAUAUUGCCCAUCUGCAAAACAAACGGUGAAUGGGGAGUUGGCAGGGACUCCUCGGGGAUUGCACAGGAGUUCUGUAGGAGUCCAUGCAUGACUUCCUCCAACAGGACUCCUGCAGGAAUUUUUUUUGNUUUUUGAAUUCCUCAUGACUCCAUGUUGGACUUUUCACUCUAGAAAGUUCCUGCGAGAGUCAUCAGGACUCCUUACGAUUCCUGCUGGAGUUUUUCAUAAACUUGGGACUCCUGUUGGAGUUUUGCCGGAAGUCUCGACUAGGGAAGCGAUCGACAGACAAUUCUGCCCGUUAAAAGGCUAAAAAAAGAUAACAGAAAGAGCGCUGGUUGGUAAUCCUAUGCUGGGUAAUUUCGAUAAAAAUUUUUGAACGCAGCCGAAAUUUCUGAUCAUCGCAUUCACAAACUAAUAAUAUCAGCUAUCUUAUUAUCUAAAAAUCUUCUCAUAAUACUCACUCAGGUAACGUAUAUCUCAAAGUGCAUUACUGCGCACACCAACCGUAUUAAUUCAAUGAGUCAUCCUUCAUAGGCCCCAUACCAUAACUUUGAACCAAUGGAGUCGGUUAAAACUUUCUCAUUUUUUUCUAGUGUAGACAUGGUAUAGCGAGUUUGAAAAUAUGCCGAUCAUAUCUCGAGUUGAUCGUCAUGAACAUUGGUAGUAAUUAUACACAUGGAACUUUAUAAGUGUUUAGCAACUGUUUGAAGAUGAGACAGUGAAGAGAGAUGAGAUUAUAACACGUAGUAGAUUUCGUUAACAUCACAGAAGCCAAAGUAGCGACAGCAAUAAUACGCAGAAAUUAUAUUCCAAUUACUUUUGUACUUGACAAGCUUUGGUUUAUGCCCGUUAUGCUAGAAAAAGAACAAACAUUCACCGAGACGGAUGCUAAGCGCUUGUCAUUGGUUUAUAUAUUUGUCCUUUCCAACCAGUGUCUCUUCUCUUUUCUCCCAGCGGCAUAGCAAUUACAUAUACAUAAAAUAAAAUUUAUUAUUAGACCAUACGUGCGUUCACACGCAUAUCUCACAUCUCCUUUCAAUUUGUUUCUUGUAAAUAUGACUGACUUUUUUACUUUCAAAUAAUUUUGCAUACCAUGCCACGGAAAUUUUUAAAAGACGAAAUUGAGAUUAGAUGUGCUUAUAAAAACGGGACUUUAGUUACGUAUUCUUUGUCCUUCUGCUGAAAAUAAGUAAAGUAUGUCGUGUAAAUGCUCGUGAGAAUUUUGCCCACUGGAACUGAAUGUGCAGGCUUGUUAGCAGGCUCUGUCAUAGUAAUCUUUUUUUAUAAGCUAUUCAGUGCAGUACUUUAUUAUAUCAUCCUUACAAUGUAAAGCACUGAGUACCUCAGUUUGCCUAUAACAUAUCAGAAAAAAAAGAAUACUGCAAAUAGCUGCUGUUGAAAUUUCAUCCACUAAUCGUUUUACCAAAACAAUUGAAAAAGCUCAUUUUUUUAUAAGAUUGCAUAUCGUAGUUUUGUUUAUUACAUAUUUCGGAUCUUUUUCCUUGAAAGAAUAUUUUAUAGGUUAAUAACCAUUUUUUUCCACUUACGUUUUAGAUGUCAGAAACGCAUUCGCCUCAAAAAGGUGACAUUCGGUACAAUCACAUAAAGAAUAAACGCUAUCGAUGGGAUUCAAAACAGUGGCAACAAUUAUGUACUAAACCCGAUUGCAUGAAAUCUCCGGUACACGAUGGAUUUUGUACGUUUCAUUAUAGCGAAGAACAAGCAAGACUAAAGAUUAAACUACCAAUAGACGAUGAAAAGAGUGAAACGACAAAAGUAUCUCGUUCCUUAACAAUAAGUGGUGAGAAAAUAAAUUUUCAGUUUUUUUCUCGCAUUUUUUUCCGGAAUAAUUCAAUGAUUUAAAACUAUAUUUAGAAUUGUUUCCAAUACCAGUUCGAAUUAAUGAAGUGACAAAACGACGAGAAAAGUGGGAUGGUACAAAGUGGCGUCGAUUAUGUGCGCAUCCCGACUGUGAAAAAGCCUCUCGAAAUUUAUGUACAACACAUCGACGUGAACAAAAACAACGGAAAGAAAAUGGAGGUCAAACAAAACAAACGAUAACUUACAAAGUUAAAGCAACACCACCGACAGCCGGCCAUAUAAAAAAAGUAGGAAAACGGCGGUAUAUGUUUGAUGGAAGAGUAUAUCAAUCAUUAUGUAUGAUAGAUGGUUGCCUAAAGCGACAAAAAUUAGGAAAAUUAUGUUUGAAACAUAAAAAGGACAAAGCUUGUGGAUUAUUGAUGGACGAUAGUGACGAAGUAGAAGAAAUCAAGAAGACAAAAACAAAACCCAAAACGGGUGAUAUUCUUAUAACAAAGAAGAGUCGUUAUAUGUGGGAUGGUAAAAAGUAUAUUAUUUUAUGCCGUAUGACUGAAUGUCCAAAUCGUCCUCGAUGUCAACGCCUGUGUGUUCCACAUUUGGCCGAACAGGAAGAUAUGGCACUGACACAAAAGUACUAUAAACAAAUAUCAGAACUAAAUAAUGAGUCUAGAUCUAUACCAGAAGUAGUGAAAAAUGAGUCUAGUAACCUAUCGAUAAUUGUCAAAAAUGAACCGAUCGAAGAAGUGAAAAAACGUCCAUUAAGUACGUCUGACGAAGAAUCUUCGACAGACCGACAGGAUAAAAAACAAUGCUCAACAACAAAUAUCAAAACUGAACAUCUUCACAUUAAAAUAGAACCGCUGUAG